AUGGCCUCCGCUGUGGAUGCGAUAAUAAGCUUGCGCACCGACUAUUGGAAAAAAUGUAAUGAGUCACUUUCGACUCAGAUUCCCACAGAAACUGGAGUCUUCUGCAAUGGGACGUUUGACAAAUUUGUCUGCUGGCCACAUUCUCUGCCUGGGAACGUCUCUGUGUCAUGUCCUUCCUAUCUUCCUUGGAUCAGCUCAGACGGUUCAAGGAAAGUUCACGGCGAGUGCCUGCCAAGUGGUAAAUGGCGUACGGAAGACAACUCGUCCCUAGUCUGGAGAGAGAUAACGCAAUGUGAAGAACCCGGCUUCUACGCCACAGAUGAUGACGAGCUGGCUCGGCAUUACGUGCUGACGACAACCACUAUCGUCGGGUACUCCCUGUCCCUCGCAUCGCUCAUAAUCGCUGUCAUCAUCAUGGGAAAUCUAAGGAAACUCCACUGUACCCGAAACUACAUCCACUUGAACCUGUUUGUGUCGUUCAUACUGAGAGCCAUGGCUACUAUUGCCCACACCCUUGUGUCCACAACAAGGGCCUCCAACCUGCCCAUUGACGAGAUGGGAUGGAACACGUACUCAAAUUCAACGAUCGCUGUGAUCUGCAAGGCGUCACGAGUGUCCAUGGAGUACUUUGUUGGAUGUAAUUUCUUUUGGUUGUUGGUGGAGGCCAUUUUUCUCCACACACUGCUCUUCACUGCGGUACUGACCAAACGCAGGCUGCUCAAACAGUACAUGCUGAUUGGAUGGGGUACUCCAAUGGCAUUCAUUCUGCCAUGGAUUGUGAUAAAGGCACAGUAUGAAAACAUAUACUGCUGGGUUAACAGCAGUGGGCUGAUCUGGUGGAUCAUAAAGGGCCCUAUAGCAUUGGCUGUAACGGUGAUCUUCUGCAUUUUCCUGAAAAUCCUGAGGCUGCUGCUCUCGAAACUGAAAGCUGACCAGGUGAAAUUUACAGACUACCGAUACAGCUUAGCGAGAGCGACGCUAGUGCUAAUCCCGUUACUAGGGAUCCAUGAAGUGGUCUUCAACCUAGCAACGGAUGACAUUAUGGACAGGAAACAGCGUUACGUACGGAACUUCAUCAACAUGAUCCUCAGCUCCUCUCAAGGGUUUGUGGUUGCCGUCCUAUACUGCUUUCUCAAUGGAGAGGUGCGGGCAGAGCUGAAGAAGAGGUGGCAGGAGUACGCCUGUGCGCAGCGCGUGGAUGUGCGCGGCUGUUUCCGUGGCAUGCACCCCAAGUACCUGUGGCAAUGCUCCCGACGUCCUGCUGCCUCCUCCAGCCAGUCCUGCGCCGACCACCACCACCACAGUCACAGCCACAGUAACAGUGACCCAUGCCCUUACCAAGAUGGCGGCGGUGCCCAGACGCACACACACCUGCUGCAGGUGCCCACGCAGGGUGGCCGCGGGGUCGGCAGUCAGCCUCAGUGGGCGGGUCGGGCGACGGCUCUGGAGUUCUACCCCAGGAAGAGCCUUUCGAGCAGCGACGGGGAGAUGACUAUGGGGGAGACCAUGGAGGAGAUACUGGAGGAGAGCGAGUUUUAAUUAGAGCUCUGAGUAACUUUCUGGAAGAAAAUAUUUUUUUAAAGGAGCACUGAAUAACUUUCUGGAGGAGUGUGAGUUUUAAAGGACCAGUGACUAAUUUUCUGGAGGAGAGUGAGUUUUAAAGGAUCACUGACAAAGUCAUCUAAAGGACGGCCCCAACCAAUACAAAUUGAUUGGUAUAUACUGCAUCACAUGAAGUGGGCAUGGGAGCAGUUGAUUGGUGUAUACUGAAUCACAUGGUUAUGAGUGGGUAACCUGGUCCUGACCAUCCCAUAAUACUACCAUUUCAUUUCGUAUUCAUGGUCUGGAGGUUGUUUGAUCUGACCCGAUUGCAGGAAGCGGAAAGGAAAUUUUCGGGAAAAUCAGAAUAAGUUGCUGAACAAACAUGUCUGACGUCUAUCUUUGGCGAUGUAGGACUGUUUAACAGACAUGUCUGACAGAACAUCCUACCGUAGGAUAAAAUUAUAAUGUAGGACCGUCUGUCAGAACACCGGCCAAAUCCUACCGCUCAACAUCGCUCCACAGAAAACAGUUACCAGACGUAGUGCGGAGCCAAGUCUCUUGGCGGAAGUACGUAGGAUGGUGCGCGAAGCUAAUGAGUGGGCAUGAGAGCGGUUGAUUGGCGUACACUGAAUCACCGUCACGUAUAUACACGUAUAUACACGCUGUACAGUGUGUUGGGCAUUGGACAAGUGAUGAGUAAUACCAAUGUAUGUUACAGUACGUACAGUAUAUGUGUGCUAUGUACAU